AUGCAGUGGGCGACGGGCAUGUUCCUCUUCGGAGUCGUCGUCCUCGGCCUCUCGGUCACACUGCUGCUCGGCCAGCAUUGGCUCUCCCCACCGGCGGUCACCAAAUAUGCCAUAUUUACCGGCGCCUUCGGCAUGCUCGCCGCUCUCGUCGGUGUCGCAGAACUCUACCUUGAUCGCCUGCCUAGUUUCGUCACCUGGGCUGUCGACGGACUAGCCGGUGCCUUUGCCGCCAUCCUAGGGGGCGCGGAUUGCUUCAACGUUCGCGAAACGAGCACGAACCAGCUGCUCAGUGGGGGAUGUUGGGAUUUCGAGGGCCGGAAGGGGUGUUGGCACAUGGCCAACUUCGACACCGAUGCUCUCGAGAUGCGGUGCAUGUCGGCCAAGGCCGACUCAGCGUUCAUGUUCUUGUGUUUCGCAACCUCACUCGCUGCGAUCGCAUUUUCGGUGUUUUUGUCCCGGAAGGGCGACGGGGCCCUCGUUACACCCCGGCGCAUCUGCAAACCUUUCCGUGUUGACGUGUUGACUAGUCAUGUACAUCGAAUGAUUCCCCGAUCGGGGUUUACGGGACCAUGA